AAAUGGUAUGCAAUCAAUUUUCUUAAAAUCAGCGACUCCUUCUACAUAAUGCGUCCAGUGAAUUUUGUUAAUACUGAUGUAUCUAGGGAAUUUUGUUCACUUGAUCUAGUGUCACUUGAUUGUAUUCGAUGCUUCUAUUUAAUUCCAGAAUAACAUAAACAGAGCACAGAAAUAUAAGAUAAAUGACAAUGACCUUAUUAGAAUGUAGUAUCAAUGAUUAACUCCAUGCAAUUGAAGAAAAUUUAUUAAAUCUAGUUGGAAAACAUUUAAGAAAAUACCCGAAUUUUAUGGAAUUCCAUUAAAACCGACUUCAAUUGCAUUUGUAAUCCUACUAUGGUCUCUUUGGGCAUAUUUAAUAAUUAAUCUAGCUCGUAUAAAGAUUUACUACGAUUAUUUUCAAGUUUAUUUUAGUUUUAAUUUUUAUUAAACCCUCAGUGGGAAGACUGUGUGCCAUAAAUUUGUAACUAGAUUUAAUGACGUGAGAAACGAGGUUAGAAAUGCUUUCGAUUUGUUAAUCCGGAAAAAUAAUACAUUUUUCAUGCUCGGCAGAGUGGAAUGUACAACAUAGUUCGUUCAAGUGUAUAAUUAAGAUGCCGUUUAAAUUUCACCUGAAGAAAAGUCGUCAAUAUAACGUGGUUUCCAAGAAUCAAUAUGUGAUCUGUGUGGAGCUAUUGGAUACCACUACCAUAGAAUGUACACUAAGCAUCGACAGUCUUGGUCAAGAAUGCUUGGACAAUGUUACACAACGUUUAGGAUUGGGACAGCCAGAAUUCUUUGGCCUGCGUUAUAUUUCUAGACAUGAUUCUCCACCAGCAAGAUGGGUAGAUGUAGACAAACCAUUAAAGAAACAGCUCGAAAAAGAGGCAAAAAAUUUUAGUCUCUAUUUGAGAGUUAUGUACUAUGUAACAGAUGUGCAACUACUUCAAGAUGAAAUGACAAGAUAUCAUUAUUACCUUCAAUUGAAAAGUGAUGUACUGGAAGGAAGAUUUCAUAGUAAUUCUAGACAAGCUACCCUCUUAGCUAGCUAUUCUAUGCAAGCAGAGUUUGGUAAUUAUGAUGCUGAAAGACACUCUAUGGAAUGCUUACAACAGUGUACAUUAUUUCCUAAGGACGUUAUCCAGGCAGAUCCUGGAGGUUUAGAUUCUCUUUUGCAUACUGCUGUAUGCCAAUACAAGAAUCUGAUUGGUGUUACCCAAGCUGCAUCAGAGGAAUUGUAUAUUUCUAUUGUUAUGCAGUUAGAGGGUUAUGGAAAUGAAACAUUCUCUACUAAGGACAAUGGUAAUAACGAAGUAAUACUUGGCAUUUCCAUCAAUGGGAUUAUGAUUGUUUAUCCAAGCACACAAACAACGCAAUUCUGCAGAUGGAAAGACAUAAGUAACGUAAUUAAUCACAAGAAGACAUUUAGAAUAGAAUGUCAAGCUGAGAAUGAAGAUGCAAAACAGUUUAUAUUUAACGAAUCGCGCAAUGCGAAGUAUGUUUGGCGCUUGUGUAUAGCACAACACACGUUUUACAUGCAACAUCAAGAAUUUCGUCCAUUGGAACGAUCGGCUAACGGAUAUUUCGAUAGCGACACAAACGAUUCAGGAGAUCAUGCAGUAUCUGUAAACCUAGAUAACAGGAACACGGAGGGACACACGCGAUGGACAAGUUACAAUGAUCUUUCGACAUCACCCUAUCCCCCUGUAGUGUCCGUGUCGUCCACGGACAUAAAUAACUUACGUGCCUUACUUCCGUCAUAUAGACCCGCACCUGAUUACGAAACUGCCGUCCAAAUGAAAUACAACAACGGAGGGAACCCUCCACAACCUUACUAUGCUAAUCAAUCGACGAUCGUUGGCGCAGAUCUUUCGUGCCUUCUCAGUAACGUUGUUAAUCGAAGUAGAUAUUAAAUUUUCUAAUGUAUUAUAAAUACUAACAAACAAGGUUGUAUCGAGCAAAAAAGGAAAGUCGUAUCGAGUAUUAUAAGUGCUUUGAAGAUGCAGUAUUCUCCAACAAUCAUUCACACACACUUUUUCAAAAAGUACUAGGAAAUUCUGUGGAGAUUAAUAACAAAGACUGACACGCACAACUCUACACACUGUUCAUUCUCCAUUCUAUGCAAUCAAUGUAUAAAUGUACCACUUCUGAAGGGUAAUGUUUCAGUAUGUUGUGAAGAACAUAUCUUAAUUAUUCAUUAAUAUUGUGAACAAUGUCAUAAUUUAUGUUAUAUUCACAUAGUACUGUAUUGUAAAUACAUGUUAAUCCUAUUUUUUUAAUCAGUAUGUUUAAGAAACUACAAUGUAUUUAUUGUUGUAACAAAAAUAAAAAUUUCGUA